CCAGAGCGCUCGGCUGCCGAGCAAAGUUGAAGAGAGAAGGACAUUCCGUGAGAGAGCUCGGGACAGCGCGCUAUCGGAGCCAGCUCCAGAGCCUCAGAACUACCUGACUGAACCUUUUCCUCGUUCGACUAGAGGGCACAUUCUCCGUCCGACAGAACCCCUCUAAUUCCCAAGACCACGCACUUCAAAAUACAAGGGAAACAAACCCCCGAAGAGAGAAAUGCCCGGAAAGAAUAAGAGAGGAAAAGGAAAAGGCAGGGGGAGAGAGGGCCGAAAGGGAGAGAAAGUUGGAGAAGAACCCACUGCAGCUUCAGCUCCAAAGAUAAAACCACUGAAGAGUGAUGUGGUGGUGAAUGAGGGGAAGAAGCUCGUGUUGAGAUGUGAAGCCAUUUCAGGUUAUCCACAACCCACCUUCAAAUGGUAUAAAGAUGGCAAAGAACUGAUCAGUAAUAAAAAAUCCAAAGAAAUCCGGAUAAAGAGAAAGAAAAGGAAGGAAUCAGAACUUCUGAUAAGGAAAGUGAAGCCAUCGCAUGCCGGUGAAUACAUGUGUGAGGCUAUCAACCAGCAGGGUGAAGACCGGUCUAUUAGCAACAUAGCGGUAACACCCGCUACCACUUCACCGACGCCUUGGUCAGGCCACGCAAGGCCAUGCAACGAGAGCGAUCGGCACUACUGUGUGAAUGGAGGACAGUGUUUCGUUAUCAAUGGUAUUAAUAAACUCUCCUGUCAGUGUCCAAAUGAAUUUACUGGUGAUCGCUGCCAAAACUACGUAAUGGCCAGUUUCUACAAGCAUCUUGGAAUUGAAUUUAUGGAAGCUGAGGAGCUGUACCAGAAGCGAGUGCUGACGAUAACAGGGAUCUGUAUUGCCCUCCUAGUGGUUGGCAUCAUGUGUGUGGUGGCAUACUGCAAAACAAAAAAACAGCGGAAAAAACUUCAUGAUCGGCUCAGACAGAGUCUCCGCACCGAGCGAAACAACAUGGUAAACCUUGUGAAUGGACCGCACCGCACAAAUCCACCGGCAGAAAAUGUCCAGUUGGCAAACCAAUAUAUAAUGAAAAAUCCUGGAUCCACUGAGCACGUUAUUGAGCGGGAAACAGAAACCUCGUUCUCCACCAGUCACUACACGUCGACGACCCAUCACUCUACAACAGUGACUCACACGCCCAGCCACAGCCAUAGUUGGAGUACAGGCCAAACGGAAAGUGUCAUCUCAGACAGCCCCUCUGUGCUCGUAACAUCGUCAGUCGAAACCAGCAGGCACACCAGUCCGAUCAAUCACCGAGGUCGACUCAAUGGUGUGGCAUGUCGACGAGAGAUGCUUAUCUGUGUAAGGAACUCCAGAGACACUCCAGACUCUCUCCGAGAUUCACCGCACAGUGAAAGGUUUGUCUCAGCCAUGACCACUCCUGCCAGAAUGUCUCCGGUGGACUUCCGAACACCAGUGUCCCAGAAGUCUCCCGAGUGCGAGCUGUCACCGCCAGUCUCCAGCCUGACUAUCUCCAUGCCGUCGGUGACCAUUAGCCCUUUGAUCGAGGAGGAGAGGCCUCUGCUCCUGGUGACCCCACCUCGGCAGCGGGAGAAGAGGCAGGAGCCGUACAAGCAGUACCACAACUCGGCCCAGGACAGUGGCAGCAUCCCAGCCAGCCCGCUGCGGGUGGCCGAGGACGACGAGUACGAGACCACCCAAGAGUAUGAGCCGGCGCUCGAGUCCCCCAAGAAAGGGGCCGGCAACAGGAGAGGGAAAAGAACAAAGGCUAACGGCCACAUUUCACAAAGAGUGGAGACCGAGAGCAGUCCAGUCUCGGGGAGCAGUAGCUCUGACAGCGAAACAGAAGACGAACGAAUAGGCGAGGAGACUCCCUUUCUGAGCCUACAGAACCCCAUGUCAAUGAGUGUAGAAUCAGCCCCCGCAUACCGAUUGGCUGAAAACAGGACUAACUCCACCAAUAGGUACUCUACACAGGAAGAGUUGCAAGCCAGGCUGCCCAAUGUAAUUACUAAUCAGGAUCCAAUUGCUGUCUAAAAAACACAUAAUUGCACCAGUAAAACUUUAUUUUAUAUAAUGAAGUACUCCGGAUACUUUACUUUAAAUUAAACAUUUUAUUUUAUUUUAGCAGAAGAACCUUGCAGCUAGUAGAAAGUCUACAAGUUUUUAUAGAUUAAAAUAUAUAUAUGUAAAAAGAAAGUUAGCAUUCACAAUACUAAUGUGCCAUAUGUAGCGUUUUUACAGUAUUUCAACACAGAAAGAUAUCAGUGGUGCCUUUAUGUUACUUUAUUGCUGAAAGUGGAAUUAGUACAUCAGUCGCCAUUUCAUGCUACCUGCUAACAAACCUUCUGAUAAGAAAAGGAAUGUCCAUGAUAUGAGGGUUUUUUUUUCCAAAAUUUCCCUCCGUGAUCAAUUUUGGACACGGGCAGAAGUUUGAAUCCGUUGUUGACAAUGGGAGUUUCAGGAGGGGGAAGGAGACCCACGUGGAGCAGGGAAUGAAGGGGGUGGGGGGGGGGGUACCUCACUGUGACCUACUCACUCAGUAAUGUUUCACCCCUGCGGUUUCUGAUGGAGCUUGAUAACUUCUAAGAUUAAACAAACCUUAUUGAAAGAGAUCAAAGGUCGGACUUAAUGUGAAAACACUGGCUGUUGGUAUUGAGGGAAAUCAUCAGAAACAUGUCACUAGUUCACGCAGAGUUGAUAUUGAAAGUGAAGAUUCCUUGAAAGCGGUAUGUUAGAUAUGGGUGGUUGAAGAGUAAAGUUAUUCACUGAGUUAGAUUAAAUUAUUUCAGUGAAACUGCUUGCUUUAAAAAAAGCAGUACCUGUUUCCUUGUUGCUUUUGUAGGGCUGUGUUAUAUUCUAUAAAUACUGCAGCUCCUUUGAAAGCCGUCAUAAUAGUCUCCCUUUCAACUAGCCUCCCUUCAACUAGUUAAAGCUCUCAUCUGAAUCUUAACUUCAUUCAGAAGUUGGGGUAAAACUGCUGCAUGAUGAGAGGAGUUGCUGCUUGAGAGUAUGUUGGCUAAUCUUGGCAUGGAAAGGUGAGGGAGUGAACUACUUGACCUGACUCAGUAUCUUCCCCAUGCAGGAUACUGGCUGAUUCUGUUGUUCUCAACAUUAGGAUUCUGUAAUGGUUUGUGACGGUUUGGAACAGACUAUAUAUAUUCUUGUCACCAUCUUCAUACUUAUUGCCAUUGGCUGCCGUUGAAAGCAGAACUCUGUGUCAUAUAACUUUUACCUUAAUUUCAACUGAUGCAGAUUUUGAAAAUAUAAUGGGAUGCGGCAACAUUCAUCUUUUGGGGUAAUGUCAUUUAAAAGCAGCUGGAGAUGCAGAUUACAAUUCACAUAUGAUCAAAAUAUAUAGCAUUGAACCUGCAUUCAGCAAAAGGACAACGUUUCUGAUAUCUUCCUGUGUUUGUGAAACAGACGCAUUAAAAGCCUCUUUCAAAUAAAGAUUUUUUUUCUGUUUAA